GAGAGAGGAGAUAUUUCAUGGUUUAUUGAGGCUGCUGGAGAAGACUAAUUCUUAAUACUCCUUUCUAGGAGCUAGACAAUCUCACAGGGACCUUUACUAUAAUACACAACCACAUACACACACUUCAUACACUCUCUCAGCACCAUGUUGGAGGAGAAGAAGACCAAGGUGAAGAUCACAUUCUUCGUCAUCCUGGUGGGCAUCUCCUGCAUGCUGGCUGCCAUGGUGACGGACCACUGGACUGUACUGAGCCCGCCGUUCGACAAGUUCAACGCCACCUGUGAGACGGCCCACUUUGGCCUCUGGAAGCUCUGCAUGAAGACCAUCUUCAUGGUGCAGGAGGACCCUGAGGGCCAGGGCUGUGGCCCCAUCAGUCUGCCCGGAGCCAAGAACUGCUCCUACUUCAAACACUUCACUAAGGAAGAAGAGGCCAAAGGGUUCGAAGCCAAAACUCAGAAAGAAUACAACCUCUCAGCAGCGGCCAUUGCUGUGUUCAGCCUGGCCUUUAUGACCCUGGGGUUGCUGUGUGUCGUGUGCUCCUUCGGUAAGGGGAGGGACUACCUGCUGAGGCCUGCUGGGAUGUUCUUUGCCUUCGCAGGUUUCUGCAUCAUCAUCUCUGUUGAGGUGAUGCGGAACUCCACCAAGCGGAUGAUUGACAGCGAGGAGACCGUCUGGGAACAGUACUACUACUCCUGGUCGUUUGAAUGUGCCUGCACCUCCUUCGUCCUCCUGGUCUUCAGUGGUCUCAGCCUGUUGAUCAUCUCCAUGCCCCAGAUGCCACGCAACCCCUGGGAGACCUGUAUGGAUGCAGAGCCAGACUCCAUGGAGCCCUUAGACUAGUAGUAGAUCAGAUUAGAACUGCCCAGAUCAAUCCCUGGGAGACCUGUAUGGAUGCAGAGCCAGACUCCAUGGAGCCCUUAGACUAGCAGUAGAUCAGAUUAGACCUGCCCAGAUCAACCCCUGGGAGACCUGUAUGGACGCAGAGCCAGACUCCAUGGAGCCCUUAGACUGGUAGUAGACUCCACUAGAACAGACCAGACUAGUCUAGACCAGGGGAAUCUUCAACAAAGGCUGCCAAAACCAUACAUGUUUUUAUAGAAUCCAACUGAAGAUAAGCUAAAUUGAGGCUGGUGGUGGGGGCAACAGAGUUAAGGAUACAGAUGAAUGAGAGUGGGGCACCCCGCCUAAGUAAUAGUAGAAGGGGAAACACUGCACUACACUGCUUGGUUUUAAGUGUACAGAUAAAGAUCUAAGGCAGGAUCUCUGAGCAGUUCCUCGAGGGCCACAGGUUUUCCUUUCUUUGGUCCUUAACUGAUACAUUUCUAUCAUUGAUUACAGAGUGUCCGCUCUCCUGGUCCAUAUCAUCCGUUACUAAGCAACAGACACUGUGGCACUUGAGGACUGCCCUUAUAUAGGGUGCGUUAGUAAAUUCACCAUGGCAACUUACUUCGAUUUCAGAACACUCUGGUUGGAGAGUGCCAGAGCGCAGAAUAAUUUAUGAAUUUACGAACUGCCUAAACUCGGUUGCUAUGACAGAUUUAAGUAAACAUCGGGUAAAAAACUGAAUUAAAUUGUUGCCAGUAACACAGUUACAGUCACUAACCCUCUUGAUAACAUGGAAACACUCUAGCACUAAUAGCAGCUCUGCAAGGGUGAGCACACUCCGAGUGCACUCUGACACUCUAAAGUGAAUUCACGAACGCACCUAUAAUGUACAGUAUUAAAAUGUGGCUUUUGCUAUAAAAUGACCACAGAGACAGAAAGAGCUAAAGAACAUGGCAACAUAGUGAGCUGCUACUACUGUAAUUUAAUAUAGUUUGAGCUGUCUUGUACACUUCUAAUAUACAUUUCCGCUCUAGCAAUCUACAUUUUUGUAAUGAAAUAAGUUAAUGCUUUAAUGAACGUUGCAUUGUAAAUGUUCACCCCUUCAGGCAGCUACAAACAAUGUGUAUUUAUUUAACAUGUAUCAAUGGAUGAAACCGUAUUGAAGCUCCAGUGCAAUGCCUGUACACAGAUCUACUGUAUUAGUUAGGGAGCUACACUGCUGCUUGUUGUUUACAGAGGAAACCUAGAAUGUACAGUGUGUAUACAGUACUUGUAUGUUUUAAACAUGGGCCUAUGAAGAUGAUAGAUAUUAUGUUGGUUUUUGUUCAAUAGUGGCUUCAUCAAACAAUCCAUUGCAAUCUAGCUUGAACACAAAACAUUCAAGCCCACCGCAGUGAUUAUUGGACAGAUACAUUGUCUUCACUGAAUGGCAAUAUCUCCGAUUGUGUACCUCUCCUCAUAUUGUAUUUUUUCUCUCUCUCUCUCUCUCUCUCUCUCUCUCUCUCUCUCUCUCUCUCUGGAGUGAAAAAAAGCUUAUAUUUUGGGUUCUGAUGUGGUAUGACAGUUGAACCAAGCUAAUGAGGCAUUUCAAUGGGAAUUAAUCAUCAUAAUAACGGAUGUCGCUAUCGCAGAUUGCCCCUUUAAGCAGAGAUAUAUUUGACAUAGACCUUUUAUUCCCUUCCCUCAGCCAGAAACCCCACAGCUUCAUCUCUAACCCACCAUGACACGCUUCCCCUUCUAUUUCAUUCAGAAAUCUGUUCUAAAUUGAGAGACAAAUGUUUUCUAAAUGCUCCGUAGACAAGGCGUCUUUGAGGUCAUGGCUUCUGUGAGAAGAAGCCGUAAUGGAUGCAGAACACUGAUCGACAUCCCAAAUGGCACCCUAUUCCCUAUAUAGUGCACUACGUUUGUCCAGAGCCCAAUUGGUGCCAUUUGGGAACCAGCACACUGAGCUCACAAAUCAUUUCUAGCUCUGCUCCCCUCAGAGCCAAUGUUCACCGGCAGACAGACAGCUUAAAGUAGUAGGCUGUGUCUCUGUCUGUCUGCAGUGGACCCAGGCAGCAGAACACGCCGCUCUACUUUUAACCCUCUAGCUGCUGUAGCACCCUAUUCCCUUCAUAGUGCAUUCAAUUUGACCGGGGUCCAUGGCCAAAAGUAGUCCACUAUAUAGGGAGUAGAGUGCAAUUUGGUACGCAGCCUCUGUCUGCAGUGAACCCAAGCAGCAGCACACAUGUCUCUGUACCUUUACAGAAGGGUUCUUAAAGGGUUCAUUGUUUGUCCCCAUAGAUAACACUUUUUGGUUCAAGGUAGAACCCUUUGGAGUGAAAGAGGUUUUACUAAGAACCUGUUAGUGGUGAAAAUGUUCCACAUAGAACCUUAGUGGAAAGGUAUUAGUGGAAGGGUUCCACUUGGAACCAAUAAUAGUUAUUUUCAAAGAGUUCUUCUAUGGGGACAACGGAUGAACCUUUUCUGGUUCUAGGUAGCACCUUAUUUUCUUAAAGUGUACCCUGUCAGCCUCCAACACAUCAUCCCUGUCAUACACACAAGUAUUUGGUUUGUCUAAAAUAAUGAUAAAACCAAGCUUCAGUUCUUCAGGUGUUUAUGAUCAAACUCCCCCACUUGAUUACAACUUAAUAAAA